UUGGUGACAAAACCAUCGCCGACGCGCUCAAAUCUUUCGCGCAUCCUCAGGUCAUGUGAUGUGCUUAUGUAAACGCACAUCCGCCGAUCUUCAAGUCUGAGCAGCGCGCGGCUUCUUCACGAGUUUAGAGAUCAGUGAAGAUGGCAGAGAAGCAGGAGUACAAGCAAGUGGCGGAGGCGAUUGGUGAAGGGGCGGUGAAUGCGCAUAAGCUGUAUUGCCCGUUUAAUAACUGCUCGAGUCUGAUUCUGUCGCCUGGCGUGGGUGUUUUGACAAGGAAACCAAAGAUUCCAAAGGAAUCCUUUCCCUCUCGCGCAAUUGAGGAAGAGAAAGAGCAGGAAGAAGAAGAAGAAGGCGACGAUCUAUUCUGGGUUCUCACAGAUCCAUUCCAAUUCGACAACCUCGGCUUCAGCAAGAGUUCGACGACAGGAAUCAAGUAUCUGGCCUGCGCGGACUGCGACCGUGGUCCGUUGGGAUAUCAUGAUGCGAACGUGAUUGAGCAGGGUGGACAGGCGGAGUAUUUGCUCAGUGCGAAGAGGGUUUUGUAUAAGAAGAUAUAAGUAUAUUGCAGAUUCAGUUCGGAAGGCUACAGCAGUGACAACGUGAUUGAGAAAGAACGGCUGUAUAACCAAGCUACUUUCUUGCUAAGGAGUGUUUGGA